UUCUUUUAGAAAUGGCUGAAGUUUGAGCAGUAGCAUAAGCAAGAAAAAAUGGAGGAAGAAAAAGCGGCAGCUUACUACGAAGAGUUGACUCGGAAAGGCCAAGGAGCCGCUCGAUUUAAGCAAGGUCUCGGUUUCUCCUCUUCUUCCCCUAUCCAAAAUGACGACGUUUUCGCAAAACAAACCUUCUCUUCUUCUUCUUCAUUCCUCAGCAACUUUGUGAAAGCUUCCAGUCCAACCACAACCUCCAAUCUCGAGAAACAAUCUCAACUCCAAUCCAUCCAAAACAAACUCAAGAAGAAACCCAGUGAGGAAAAACAAACCCCAUCAAGGGACAGCAGAGACACAGAGAGGGACCAUAGGGACAGAGACAGAAAGAGAGAUGAUAGAAAUAGAGACAAGGAGAGGGAUUCUAGAGACAGAGAUAGGGAAAGGGAUUAUAGAGACAGAGACAGAGACAGGGAUUAUAGAGACAAAGACAGAGAGAGGGAUUAUAGAGAUAGAGGCAGAGACAGAAAUGAAGACAGACAAAAGAGGAAAAGGAGGAGGAGUGUGUCGCCGCGAGACAGAGCGAGGGAAGAGAACAAUAGUAAAGUUGAUUAUUCAAGGUUAAUUCGCGGUUACGACAAGAUGACACCAGCUGAAAGAGUUAAAGCAAAGAUGAAACUUCAGCUUGCUGAAACCGCUGAGAAGGAUGAAACAAGGGGGAUGGGUGCUGGAUGGGAACGGUUUGAGUUCAAUAAGGAUGCCCCUCUUGAUGAUGAGGAGGUUGAAGCUGCAGAUGAUGAUGCUGCCCUGGUGAAGCACAUAGGGCAGAGUUUCCGGUUCUCUGCUAUCGAGGCAAGAAGAGAGGAACAAAUAAAAGCUGCUCAUGAUGAGGCCAUGUUUGGAGCAUCAGCAGUUCCACCAUCCAUUACUUCAGAUAGUGAGCCAGAGGUAGAUGACAGUGAAAAGAAGAACAAUCAAAGUGGCGUUGCUACAGUCCUCUUUAGUGAGAAGGUUCUUGCAAAGCAACAAGGUUCUUGGCGUGACCGUGCUCGGAAACUGUAGAGAUGGAUCAGCAAGCUGACAUCCAGUCUCGGAAACUGACUUAAGGAUUGCUGUAAUUGUUGUAAAUAACAGCUGAUAUUAUGGGAUUUUUACUGUCUUUAUGUUAGAUUUAUUCUGUACCAAAGGAGCUUCACUUUCAAUUUCAUGCUGAAAAGCCUGUCUUAUCACAAAUCUACAGAGGACCAAGAUUAUUGCUUUAUGGUUCCUUGUUGGUACUCUUCAAUGUUUAUUCUUAAUAGAAAUUCCUCAAGGACCCUUAAAUUUCAGAGUUCUUGUUGAAGGAUUGCUUGUAUC